UAGAUCCGGCCUUGCCAAUGGUGCUUCUUGUGUGUGUUCACUUUCCAUCGCUCCGUGUGUUCUUCUCCCGUUGCCGGUCGUGCCCCCCCACCGCCGCCACCAGCACCGUUACAAGCGCUCGUCUCUUGUGGCCCACUUCGCACGCAAAAGGACUUUCUCCUCAGAGCCAGCCCGGACGCAGCUCGGAGAAGGUUGUUACGCCGCCGUUGCGCCACCGACGCACACACUCGACGAGCUAUCCCCCUUCCGCGCCCAAGCCAGCAUCCGUGCAUCCCCGAGGAUCUUCUUCGUAGCAGCCCCGCCACCACAAGGUUCCACCACAAUGCAUCGUAACCUGAUCGUCCUGGCUCUCAGCGCCACAGCUCUCUACCUAGUGUGCGGAAAGUCGCUUCACAGGUCGAAGAGAUGGGAAGAGUUUCCGGACGUCGAAUUCCACUUCGACUGCAGCGACAAGCCGAUCGGCUUCUACGCCGACAUGGAGUUCGAUUGCAAGAUCUUCCACAUGUGCGACGCAUACGGUCGCCGUGUGCCGCACAUCUGCGCCAACGACACGGCCUUCAACCAGCGGUACCGGGUCUGCGACUGGGAGUACAACGUCAACUGCGCGGACUCUCCCAACUUCUACUACCUCAACGACCUGACCUACGAGACGGAGCCGCCAACCAACGCCAAGGCCUAGUCUGUCAGAUAGCUAGAUUCGACAGUGCGCACGGUUCCACCCUUCCCGCUUACACUGCCACCCCCCCCCCCCCCCGCCCCCAUCCCCUUGACACCUGAUAGAACGGCCUCCCUCCCAGACCCUUUUCACGCCCCUGAUCCCUGUGGCAAGCCAGUCCCCAUCCCAGCUCAUUUUACCGAACGCGUUCCCCAAAAUCUCAACCAGGCCGCCCUUUGAGUUCACCCCAAACACGGGCUUCUGAGAAGAUCGGUUGCAGGCAGAUGCCUCAGCAAGGUAGCAUUCAUAGUGUUGCCUUCGCGGACAAAAUUGUCCGUGGAACAAAAAAAAAAAGAACAAGAAACACCGUUUCGGACUGAUUCGCUAAGAAAUGAACGCUGCGUGCGUGGUAUAGUCAGUUGCAAGGAAGAAUGCACGACUUAGUUAAAAACAAGAACGAAGAAAAUUUACCGAUGAUCAGAGCUCAUUCCUCGCCCAGGAAGUUUACGAAGCCGCACCGCCAUAACCUGUCACUUAAGUGGGUACCGGUUGUACCCUCGGAGCACCUCCUGUGCACAAGCGCGACUUACACGCAGGACUAAGCUUUAACGGCAGUUUUAAACAUCGAUCGACGUCGCAACGCUGCGCUGUAAAGGAUAAGGUCUCGGGAAGGCACGGCAAGCUUCCGGCUUGCUCCCACAAGACGCGGCACCGACCCCUUCCUCGUGGCGCUCAUCGUAAGCGUCCACAACGACAACCGACGUCACAGCGUCGAGGUUGCAGUGAGACGAUGACAACGCCGUCGCAUGACGUGAGUCUAGGUCAGCGAUAAUGGGCCCUGCUUGACCGCGCCGGGCUGCGCCGAGCCAACGGAAAACGCGCCGUGCCCAAAUUCAUUUCCGGUAAAUGUCAGUCAGGGGCCUAAUUGCGCGGCGCACGUACUUGCAGCCUUCUGCCAGCACUAACAUCGAUCCCAGAGCGCCUGGGCUUCACCAUCUCUUGACAAACACUGGCUUCGUCGCUGCCGCUCGUGCGCAGGAAAAUUAGAGCCCUGUCCCUCAAGCUACCCUGAAUGAACGCCGAAAGUAAAUUGCGUAAGGCUCGGGAGUACGCCGGCUUGGCAUCCGCGUGCGCCGGGGUAGCCCGUUAAGCAAUCCCGCUCUGUCAUUAGGCUGAACGCGUCACGUGGGUGCACUGCAGGGGCAUGCGCGCUCGAAAUCACCGUGCCCCGUGUCAUUUAGCUGCGCCGUUCUCCGGAGUGAACAGACGGAGUUUCAAGCGGUCUCAACGUAGGCUAUGGCAGUGUUCUCCGGUAUCAGGCAAAACUCAAACCUUGUAAGAAAUAAGCGCUGAUCAUUCCGGUACCACGUAUGAAAUGGGUUUAACGAUAUCAGAAAAGAGUACUAAGAGGUGCUCCUUUGACUAUUCCUGGAUAUAUAUAGAUUUGGCAAAACUGAGCUGCAGUUUGCAGACCAACAGCCUCGUCGGAUCACUCCAUGCCCUAGACCCUCACCAAACCCUUCCUCACCCCUCCUUUCUAUUCUCCGACAUACUCUUGUUAGUUUGCGUGAAGAAAUUUGCAUGACCUAUAGUCGUUUUUCUGCCUCAAGAUUUACGAAUUACGUACAGGAAUUGUUUUUUUGAGCAUAAAUUGUCGCUUGCGGUGCUGUUUUCGAGGCAAUUAAACAACCUUUCAAAAAUCCGGAAGAGAUAGAUAACUAAGGAUUGCGUUUUCAAGUGUGUCCUUUCAUUUCAACCCAUGACGCGUUUUCGUUUGACAUAGUUUAUCACACACGCGCUCCAUGCUCGCACAUAUACAUGCAAACUUUUAAGUUAUAUGCUUUUACCUGCGUGAGAAAAGAGCGGUCAAUGCCGCCAUCUGUAAACGAGGGACAAAUGACGGUCGUAAAUCAUCACGGUGUACAUAAGAGAUUCUGUGUGCCCGACACAUGCAAUGUUUAUAUUGUCGCGUACUGUAUAAGACAAAGCAUUAGUCCCAGGAAGCUAAAAAAAACAGCAAAUGCAUGUGUGUAGUUUCGUGUUUCACAAGAAAAAAAAUGGCAGAAUAUGAUGUUCAUUGUGUGUGUUUUAUGUCGUGUACAUAAGACAAUAAACCAAAUGUUAGUUGUACAA